UCUCCUGUAGUAUGUCCUCAGUCUCUGUUCAUCUCCUGCACUGUCUGCAGUCUCUGGUCAUCUCCUGUACUGUGUCCGCAGUCUCUGGUCAUGUCCUGUACUAUGUCCGCAGUCUCUGGUCAUGUCCUGUACUGUGUCCCCAGUCUCUGGUCAUCUCCUGUACUGUGUCCGCAGUCUCUGGUCAUCUCCUGUCCUGUGUCCGCAGUCUCUGGUCAUCUCCUGUACCAUGUCUGCAGUCUCUGGUCAUUUCCUGUACUGUCUGCAGUCUCUGGUCAUCUCCUGUACUAUGUCUGCAGUCUCUG